UAUACACAGCUUAAUGUUGUAUGUUCCGGCAGAUGCUCUCCGUCCGAGUCUAAGAUCUGCCCAGUUCUUAUCUAGAAAAAUUACUGAUGAUGAUGACAUUACUGAAAAAACUGAUUUGAAAGAGGAAAAGCGAAAAGAAUUAUUGAACGUCACGAUUACACCAAGAUCUCAGUUAGAGAAGAAAUUUCCUCUGACAAUAACGACGAUGCCAAUUCAUAAUGAAACUGCGAAAGUAAGCGUUACAUGAAAAGAAAUUGAAAAUAUCUCAUAAUUGUACGUAAAUAUCGUACAGAAAUUUUUAUACUUAUAAGCUCGUGAGAUGUACGAAACAGGCGGACAGAGAAUACGAAAAUCUGCUGUCUUGUUACCCGGAACAUGUGGAGGAAUCCAUUGAAGAAUUGACUUCAAAGGCGGAUGAGGAUUACUUCUGCAUGAUACCGAGCACCACGAAAAGAGACCUCGUAGGCCCGGAAUUGAAUUUAGAAAUUCCGGAUACCGCAAAAGCUAGACGAGCGGAGAGACGCAAACGUGCGACGAAAGUAGACAAGAGAGAAACGAAUUCGAAAGCGGGUGACGCGACGAUACCUAAAGCGCGAAAGAGGAAGGGAAAAUUACGAAGUUCUGUCUCCAAAAGCACGGUUACUACGAGAGACACAAGUUAUAUUGGUAAAAAGGAAGCGAAGAAACGCAAGCAUAGAGGUCAUGGCAUUAUUCAUCAACAAUCCAACUUCAUGAAGCAUCCGAAAAAGUCUGGUGACGUCGUGGAAAUUUUUCAUAACACUACAUUGAAGAACAGCAAUUCUGCCGCCUCCAGCAAAUAUUCCAAACUUGACGGACAAAUAAAGAAACAUCUCACUGAAACUGCUAAUGAGAAGAUCCAAGAAAUAUCGUUCUCCAAAUGUGUUAAUCAUGAGUUUCACAAUAAAGAUCGGCAAAAUAAUCAUCCUCAGACAUUAAAUUAUUCAAAUGACUUCAAAGAGACUCCCGUUCGUUCUCUCCUGUGCGUUCAGCAAGAAAAUAAAUCGCAGAAGCAUCCUAAUGAUCCCUGUCUAUCAACACAAGACAAAACGCAUGAAUGCGAACAUGUUGUAUUUAAUAAAUGUAACGACCCGACAUUGACACACAACUAUGAGACAUCGACUUUGGCGUCAAGGUUGAAACGCGCGAAUAGAUCAUACUUCAGCAGAUACAGCUUCCAAAAUAUACCGUUUGUAGUAGGGACUUCGGUGACACCGAGCCAUAAUCUCGGGCUGAACAUUCAACAAGUAUUGAGCGUAAUGAAAACGAGACAGCCGAUUGCGGACAAUCUCACUCCACUAUUAAUUCGUAAAGUCAGCAGAGGUGUGAAGCCGGCGUCGAUUCUUCUGGAGCAAAUAAGCAGACACGAUGAUGAAAAAUCGUCGCUUCUCGACGUAAGUUCGCAGAUAACUGGACUAUUUAAUAACAGGGAGAAUUCGGGCGACGCUCGGGACAAGAAAUUGUCCGCACUUGAUUUGCAACGUGCGGGGAAUGCGCAGAAUGUUCGCACACUAAAUGCCGAUAACGUAAAAAUGAUUUCUGGAGAAGAUAACGACAUUUUUAAACGAUUUCACGAGAAAAAUAAUUUCUAUGAGAAUCAUAAGAUUAAGCAGCAGUCACUCUCCGUCAUGAAUAAAAGGAACGUGUCAGCGAGUACGAGAAAUCAACAAACACUUUCCAAGCUAUCAUUAGAUAAGGAGGAGAAUAUUGGCGAUUACAAAGUGCGUAUUCCUGGUUCGCACAAUUCUAAGGAGAUACGCGAUGUUCUGAUUAAUCUUCAUAAUCAGUUUGAAGAGAUGAAUACGAAAUACGAGAAACUGCAGUUAGAAAUAGAAAAAAAAUAUAACAAUGCAUCUUUAGCGAAAGAGCUGUCGACUUUGGAAAAAGAACUCAACAUCAAGGAAGAAGAAAUUAACGCCGUUAUCGGUCUUUACAAAGAACGGAAUUUUAAUAUUCUCAAAUCGUAGCAAAAUGACUUAUCAAGAAAUUUCUUUGUCCGUUAAAUCGAAGAAGGUACACAGAAAGGAUAUGGAAAUAUAUAAAAAUAAUACUUAUUUUAAUCGGGUGGAUUUAGCGGAAAGUUAUGUGGAAGGUGUCUUUAUAUCUCUUUUUCGAAUAAAUGAAUCUUUUCUAGCAGAUCAUAUUCCAUUUUUAUUCUGCGUGCUACCUCAUAAUGUAUAAUAUUCGUUUGUAUGCAUAUACGGUUGUAUGUAAUUUAUGUAUGCGCAACUCGGCCAGUAUCUCUAUACAUAUAAUAUAUGUAUAUGUAUAUGUGUACAUAUAUAUAUGCAUAUUAUAUAUAUGUACACAUAAUCAACAUUUGUGUGUAUAAACGCCGAAGAUGGUUUUUAGUUUUAAGAUUCCUGCUAUAGACGGAUCGUUCGCUGUCGCGGCUCUCACGGUCGAUUGCAAUUGUCAGUUGCAGCUACGUAUAACGUAUAACAAUACCCAAGAAAAAUUCAUCGUCAUCCAUAUCGAUUUUUGUCGUUUUAUCUUCAUCCUUUCCGCUGUAAGACUUUAAUCCCUAGAUAUGUUUGUGGGAGAUCAUGGAAUAUCUAGCAUCCUUCAUUUUUUUUAACAUUCAUUUAACGAUUUGUAAUUUAUCCAAUUCAGCCGCCGAAUGGUUUUCGCUACAUAAAAUUUUCAUGCGAUCCUCUCUGCGAUCCUCGUCACUGUUGCAAAAUGUUCUUGCGCCUGUUAUUAUCUCUGUCUUUGUUUUUCUCUCUCUCAAAGCAAUUACACAGAAUCACACGCGAUCCAUCCUUAAUACGUAAAGAUACUAUGCGCUACAAAAUGUAUCCUUUUAAUUAACGUUAAUAUAAAACAUUAUCUUAAAUCUACAGUAAUAUUAACUUGCUCUCUCACUUUCUUACUAUAGAACGGCAUGACGCUUAGGCGCGCCCGUGGGAAAUAAAAACAUUCCUGCAGCAUCGAAUAUAAAAUUAAUCUUUUCUCGUAAGUAGCAGUCCUUCGCCACGGUUGGAGAUGUGAUAAUAGCAAAAACCACGAUUUUAUCACGGUCAUACGAUAUGCAUGAUGUCAUUUUUAAUUCCACGUAUCAAACCAGGAAGCAGCUAUUGAAUGGUGUCAGAUAAGAAAGUUCAAUUGAUUUCAAAGAUCGAAUAGCAGAGAGAGAGAGAGAGAGAGAAAUAUAUUUCAUUGAAUAUG